CAAAUCCAUUUCGGACUUUUGAAGUUAUCCUCCAAACGGACAAACCAACAAACCAACGCUGGUGAAAACAAAACCUCCUUCCUAGGCCUUCGGCAUUGGCAUAGGUAAUAAAUAAACUCUUGAAUAACGAAAAUAACAAAAAAUAAUAUUGGUAAUCUGCAUUACCUGGUGUUUUUCAGAACCACAAGUAUUUACUAUUUUGAUGAAAGAUUAUAUUUUUGUACAGUAGGGCUAAAGUCACGACUUACUUUGCAUGCACUUAAGCCAUUUUGGCAUUUUAUUUUAAGUGGCCUCGUUCACUUCAUAAAAUUUCCGGACCUCAAGUCAAGUAAGAAUGAGGACGUGUUGAACAUAAUUAGCUUUGCAUAAUUUUGAAGAAGAUACAAGAACAUGGUCUUAUCAUAUAGCAGUAAUUUGUAUGGUAAGAUCUUCCUUUUAUUUGUUUACAAACUGUACAUACAUUUAAGCAAUAGCUCACGAUCACAGACUGUAUAUAAGAAGUGGAUGUAGUCUUGUUUUUUUGCAGCCAGAAGUGACACGAGAGGGUGGAGCUAAGUACAACUAAACGCUGAUUAAAACAUUUUACGCGGCCAAAAUGUUAAUUUGAACUUUCGUGAACUGAACUCACACUUUGAAAGGGUUAAAGUUCUACGACGAAACGCAGACAACUCCCAAACCGGACAACACCGUGGUAGCAACCUGUCAAUCACAAGGUAGCCACGCCCUAAAGCAUACCCUGCUUUAGGGUCUAUUUGAAUCCAAAUGGGACCAUAAUUUACUAAAUGAGCAUCAUACUGUAUUGAAGAAGACGUGAACCUAGCGAUUGAGACUAUACAAGAUGACAUAUGUUCCCCGAAUAAUCUGACUGAGAAUAUUAAUUUUACACAUUAUUUGUUUAAUGUUCUCAAGAUGUUUAGUAUAAUGAAUUCUAAAAAUUCUGCACGCAACACACUGCAGACUGCAGUAUGUGUUGUUGGGUUAUUAAUUACUGUAUGUUACUUCACUGUGGACUGAAUUAAAUGAUAAUAUGAUAAACUGAACAUGCUAUUUCACAUUUUUGUCACAUAAAAAUGCUUCAAAUCCUUAGCCGAUGUAAACGUUUUUGUUUACAGCUGGGCAGCUAAAAAAGUAUGAUAUGAUAUAUACCAGCUUCCACAAAAUGUAUCAGAAUAGUGUAAUUAAUUGUAAAGCAAUCAUAAAGAUCUACAAUAGAAGAGUAAAUUUGAGUUUUCUUGCUUUGUCAUUCAACCAACCCCGAUAAUCAGUCUACAAUUUACAGAUUAAACAUAUUUUUAGUUAUUAUAAAUUGAAUAGUUCAUGCAAAGAGUGCAGUUAGUCCAGUUGAAGCUGCUCUGAAGAUCUAGAAUGAAUAGGUAGCAAGCUUUGCAUCAUCUACAGUAGAUCUUAAUCCUAAAAAAUUAAACUGUCGCUGGGCCAAACAAAGCUUAAGCUGAUAUGGACAAUGUUGCUUCAUUUAACAGUAUUUCAACUAGCAGCACCCCAAAACAAAAGGAUUUACCUCAGUAUGUCUACUCAGUUGAUCUAAGCACACAUGAAUGAACUGGAAUAAUGUUGAAGGAAAAGGGAGAAUUAGGUAACUUUUAUGAGAAUUUACUUCGUUGCAUUUACAUGAAUUUACAUGUAAUUAAGCUACAGGGCACUUUACCACACAGAAUAGAGAUUGAUGAAUAAACUCAUAAUUCUCAUUCGGUAUGAAUGUCUUGCUUAUGAGAUGCUACAUAUUUGACUAAGGAUGAAGUGGACAAAGCUGUGCACCUUUUGGUGAAAAGAUGUGGCUGGAAAACAAUUAUUUGUAAAAAUUCACUUCAAAUUUGAACUCUCAAUCAGGGACUCUCCAGCAACAUGUAAUUCUUGAAGGUGGCAGGUAUAAAAUAUCAUGAAACUAAAAGAAUAGCUUUCAUAAUUUUUAUUGAAAAUUAAAGUCAAGCUUAUUUCUACAUUAUUUGUUUUCCACUCUGGUUCAACCCAAAUGUGUGAAAUGGAAAAUGACAAUAUAAUGUUUCACUUUAUCCUCACCAUGUAAGGUCUUCUCUGAAACAAUUACUUAUAAAGUCAAAACAUUCUGUACUUAAUAUAUUUAUAUAAUAUUGAUUUCUUUAUUUUUUAUUUGAUAAAGACAGAGCAUUAAUGUCUGUCUGCAGGGUCAGUGUGUCAUCCGAUCAUUCAAUUAUUUAAUUUAAUCCAGAAAACAAAACAAACAAAUGGUUUUCUGGUUUUGUAGACUUUAAAAAGGAAAAAUCAUUGCGUGUUUUCUUGAUUUCGAUACACGGACCAAACUGCCACAUUCCUGAUUGGAAGUUUAAGUCCCAUGUUAAUAACGUCAUUAAGGGUUACUGCCAUGAGAGAGUAUAAACCUCAGGUAACACAUCAUGUGAGGGGAUGGGUGGAUACAGUACAGGAUGCACCUUUUUUCCUCCCACCAAUUAUGUAGAGCAAUUGCAAUUUUUUUAUCUGUGCAGUAUUCAAAUUACAUCUAAAAAACGAUAAAAGGUCAAAUGUUAUGAUGGAUAAUGUUUCAGUAAUUACUAUGUUUACUCUGUCAGGCUUAAGUGGGACAACAAACUACAGAGUUAUUCUCUUUGUUCUGACUUUAUUGUGUUACUCUGUAAUUUGGCUGGUAAAUUUGACCAUUAUUGUUGCAGUUAUUGUGGACAGAAAGCUUCAUGAACCCAUGUAUAUCUUCCUGUGUAAUCUGUGCAUCAAUGGACUCUAUGGGACCGCAGGCUUUUACCCCAAAUUCCUCAUGGAUCUUCUGUCUACCACUCAUGUUAUCUCUUAUACUGGAUGUCUUCUGCAGGGUUUUGUGUUGCACUCUUCAGCUGUUGCUGAUUUCUCUCUUCUUGUGCUAAUGGCCUAUGACAGAUACUUGGCUAUAUGUCGCCCUCUGAUGUACCACUCUGUCAUGACUAAACAGAGAGUUUGUGUGUUUAUGUUUAUUGCUUGGCUCCUUCCCAUGUACCUGUUGUUCAUGAGCACAAUAACAACAUCAACAUCAAGGUUAUGCGGCUCACACAUACCGAGGAUCUACUGUGUUAAUUGGUUGGUUGCUAAACUAGCUUGCUCUGCCUCCAUAACCAACAUUAUUAUUCCAGCUUUUAAUUAUACUUUUUAUUUUUCCCAUUGUGGAUUUGUUUGUGGGUCUUAUGUAUAUAUGAUCAGAACAUGCAUAAAAUCCAAAGAGAACAGGAGUAAAUUUAUGCAGACAUGUAUACCACAUUUAUUCAGUUUAUUAGUUGUUGUUGUAUCUCUGCUUUUUGAUUUGUUGUACAUGCGAUUUGGCUCAAAAGAGUUGCCACAAAGUGCCCAGAAUUUUUUGGCAAUGGAAUUUCUCAUUCUUCCCCCAAUUGUUAAUCCCCUGAUGUAUGGUUUCAAAUUGACAAAAAUAAGAAACAAAAUUCUAAAUUUUGUGUGCGGGUUAAGUUCAGUUUUUAGUAAGUCAUGAGUUGGUCUGCACAAAUGAAAUUCUGUUUGUAUACGUAUGUGUUUUUUUGGAGAAAUACCCAAUAUGUCGAUAUUGAUAAUCAUUAGACAAUGUGACAUGUACAGUACAAAAGUGCCAACACAGCACUUGUUUAGAGUGAAGUGUCUGUCUGUCUCUCAGGCAUGAAAAGCAGGCCAACUGAAUGUGCCUUUAUUUAUCUUUGCAUUUAUUGUUUAAAUGUUUCUCCAAAUGUUUCUCACAUUUAAUACAUUUUCAACCAUAUGUGGCUUUCAAUAAAUCUGUAUCUUAUCAUAAAACGUAUGACUUGUUUCCUGUAGCUGUGUCUAUUUUGCAUUAGUUAUUGAGUAUUGAGAGUGAAAGUGAAAAAAAAGCAGCACACAGAGUGUAUAGAAAAGAAUGGCUGUUGCUUUAGGGAUCAUUCGUCAAGUCUUAGCUGUUGUACACACAUUCAAAUGCACUCUGAAAUUCUGAAGUAACUACCUGAAUAUGUAAAGCAGUGAUUUAUUUACCUUGUAGAAUAUUGUUGUUACUCUCAUAGCAGAACAGCGUGUGAACAUAGUGUCUGUACAGUGCUUCAGUACUGGACACCUUUGCCUAAUUUUUGAUUAAGAUGAAGAAAAAUGUUAAGUGACUCAGCCUUAAUAAAACAAGCUUUAGCUGUCAGGCAAUAUUGAAAUGAUGUUCUACAAUAACUUGUUGGGGGGAAGAGCAUGGUAGAGGACAUUAUGAGCUCCUGGCAUGGCCACAUAAUGGGAACUAUUUGGGGAAUUUAAAGCUUUAAGGGGAAAACCACCUAAAUUAAUAAUUCCAAUAUGUUAUUUCCAUGACCUAGGGAAGUUUAAUCAAUAUUUUUGAACAUGAGCUACUCUCUCUGAAAGCCAGAAACCAGAGAAGUAAGUCUCAAACUUGUGAUGUCAUAGGGUAUAAAGUCUGGAGCUGCUCCACAGACAAUGAAUGGGAGGCUGAUUUUGUAGACAAACAAUGUAAGGUGGUCGCGCACAUCCGAAACCGUAGUAGUCCGGUGCUGAACCAGUAGAAGACAGCACUGAAAACGAAGUCUGAAGAAGAGCGUGUGCUCAAAACGUCACUUACCAAGAUGUGCCAAUAAAUUGCAUUCUAAGGGAGCUACAGUGUGCGAGGCUGGUUUCGUGGACCCACAGAAUGUUUGUUUUCUUUUUUACACCCAAAUGAGCUUUAUCCUAUU